GGAGCGGCAGUGACGUCAUGACGCACGACGUCACGCGGCAGGCCCGUGUCAUGUGACCGGUUCUGCGAGGAAGCCAGUCCGUCAGAAAUACCCUGGCGAGAUGAGUCCAACGAUUAUUAGCACGGCGUUCGCGCUUUUGGGCCUUUUAUCAGGUGUUUUGGGGGACAGCCUGACCGUCCUGCGCAGCCCACCGUACGUGACUUUCCAGGAUGGACAGUGGGCCAUAUCCGGAGAAAAGGUGCCCGAUCUGGUCGCCCUGACCAUGGGCUUCUCCAUCCGUGAGGAUCUCGACUGGCCAGGCCUCGCCGCCGGCUCUCUUUUUCAACGCCCGCGUGCAAACGCUCUGAUCGUCGUGCGCGGCUUGGACACCCUCGACUUUCCGAAAAACAUUUCCUCUUACCCUCUGGAAAAUCCGGUUCCGUUCACUCUGGACAGCGUGGCCAACAAGGUGCACACCCUGUUCGCUGGCAGCACUCCUGUGGUCUUGCAGCUCGCCCCCAGCGAGGAGAGGCUGUAUAUGAUGGGAAUGGCCAACACCGUGUUUGAGGACCUGCCCGUGACUCUGCAGCAGAUCCGUGGACGUCUGUCCCAGGACGGCUCCGUCCUCACGUCCCUUCCCCUCAUCUCUCUCAGCCGUAAUAACGAGGCUGAUCUUCUCUUUCUGUCUGAGGUUCAGGUGCUGUAUGACAUUUCAGCUCUGUUGCAGAAACACAAGCAUCUGGCUAAAGACCCGGCUCCUGACCUGUACUCUCUAGAGCUGGCGGGGCUGGAGGAGAUCGUCCGGCGUUACGGCACAGACUCUCCUCAGUACGCCGACGCUACCAGGAUCCUGACCUCCGCUCUGCAGAAGUUUGCAGACGACGUCAGCAGCGUCUACGCAAACAACGCGGUCGUAGAAGUGGUGACGGUGAAGACGUUUGAAGCCCCUCUGACCAGAAAGUCGCGCUCCAUCCUUCAGAUCAGUAACCAAGGCAGCCUCUACAACCUGGCCUACAAGUACGACUACGAUUACGCCGUGGUCUUUAACAUUGUCCUGUGGCUGAUGAUCGUGCUGGCUUUAUCCGUCGUCGUGAUCUCGUACAACCUCUGGAACAUGGAUCCCGGGUACGACAGCAUCAUCUACAGGAUGACCAAUCAGAAGAUCCGGAUGGACUGAUGACCCGCCCCUCGCACCCGUUCCUCUUUUGUGUUGUGCAUUCCAGUUUGUUUUUAUUUUUGAUGUUCGCGCACCACUUGUACAAACGCUUCGCCUUUACGGGCGCAAUCAAACGCAGAUUAUUUAUUGAUGCCCGUCGAUAGAUGGAGAAACACGAUUGUUUUUGCGAUCUUUAAUUGCUGUAUCUUGUAGAUUUGUGAAUCUACCGAAGAGGAACGCCCGAUGUUAGGAUGUAAAGAAUCGAAAUUUCACUCUAUUUAUUGUUCGUUGUGCUGUUUUUUUCCUCCCGGAUACUGGAUGUGGUGUAAUCGCUCCAUUCCGUGUACAUUUUGUGUAAUUAAAUGGGAUAUUCAUUGAAUAGAAUUAUAUAGUAGAAAGUAUGGCGUUGAAGUGUGGAUGUUUGUUGUGUAACUCACAGGCCGUGACCGUUUAUUAAACCGUUUAUUAUAAAGGCGAUAUCGAAGUAAAACAGUGACGACAGCUAAAUAAAACUAAGACAGCUGUGUAAUAUAUUAGUGUGACUAAUAUAGCAAAAACUUUCUUGUCCCUUCAGGUCGACUUAAAUGAUACCAAACGGUCAUAUUUGAAGGGGAAAAGUCUUAGUUUGCAUCGCUGUCAGCAGUGUAAUAUUUAUAUCAUAAACGGCUGUUAAGUAUUGAAUGUUUUGCUAGUUUCAUCUUAGCUUGACGUCUUUUACCUCUGGAAAGACUAAACCCCGCCCACUUUGAUUUGAUUGGCCAAUAGUCAGCGGGUAUUUCGACGAGGGCGGUUGAACGCCAAGAACAAGAAAAAACGUAACUUAAAACGUAAUUAAAAGCUAUAAUGGUGCAGAUAUGUAAUAUCCUCACCCUAACAGUGUCUAUAGCGGUUACGGCCUCGGUUGUGUGUAGAUGUUAUUGUGUUGUAAUGUGUAACCGAAUUAAAAAAAAAAAUCCAUCCGUCUCUUAAAACAAGUUUUAAUUUCUUGAUGAGUCACAAGUGCAUGUCGCCACACUUUGCUGAGGAAAACAGUGUUACUUUUCUGAAAAAUAAAUAAAUAAAUAAUUGCACUGUAUUCAACGA